AUGUCACCUUUGACAUCGCAUUCGAAAAUGUCCAUUCUCCGUUUGGUGUUGCAACGAACCCAUUCACCAGCAGGAACAUUUGCUAUAUACACACGAUCCCUUACUACCUCUUCCGCACUGUUCCAGAUCUCAACUCCAUCUUCGACAUUAUCACCAACCCCAUCAUCAUCCGACUCUGCCUCUACCAAACGUAUAUCAAGAGAAACGUUGAAUCGAUUACAUCAUCUAUCAGCUUUAAAUCCUCCUCUACCUAAUUCCAAGGAAGAAACCAAUUUGAUAGGAGAAUUAUCUGAUUUGAUAUCGUUGAUGGAUCAAGUCAAAGAUGUUGAAUUACCUAACACGUUAUCUGAGAGAUCAGAUCUGCUAGCUCAAGGAGUUGGAGAAAUAACCCUUUCUCAAAAAUCCAUAGAUGAAUUAGAUCAAACCAAGAAAGUAAAUAACACUAGGGGAGAAGGUAUAUUGGGACAAGUAAGAACAGAGGCUGAGGGGAAAGAACUAUUGGACUGGUCAACUAAUAGAGUGGGCGACUAUUAUGCUAGUAGGCUGAAGAAGAAGGAGUAA